AUGUCGCAAUUUUUGAAACCAUCUGAGCCCAAGGCGUGGCAAACCGUGGCCGCGAAUAAUUUCGCCAGCACGGCGCAGCCUGUUCUACAGACACUGCAGCAAGGACUGGACGACGCGGUCCAUACCUGGCGUGUGGAUGGACUUCUGUCAUGGCCUACUCUGUAUCUCAUUGGUACCGCGGUUUUGACGUACUGGGCCUGUCUGGCUGGUCAUCGACUGUUCUUGCACCCGCUGGCUGGCAUUCCCGGUCCUAAAUUCGCAGCAUUCACGUACUGGUACGAGAUCUACUAUGAUGUCUGGCUGGGUGGCCAGUACUUUCGCAAGGUGAAGCAGAUGCAUGAGAAAUAUGGCCCAAUCGUCCGCAUCAAUCCCGACGAGGUGCACUUCAACGAUCCCGAGUUUAUUGAACCGCUCUACCCCAGCGCCAAGCGCAAGACCAACAAGUCCGUCAUGACAGGUCGUCGCACCGGCACGCCCAACUCUCUGGCCGGCACCGCCGACCACGACACCCACCGCCUCCGUCGCGCCACCAUCUCGGGCUUCUUCUCCUCGGCGAGCAUCCGGCGCCUCGAGCCCAUCAUGAAGGCCGACAUGCACAAGCUGCUCGCGCGCAUGCACGAGGCCGGCGAGACGGGCGAGGUGCUCAAGUUCCACUUCGUGCUCAAGGCCUGCGCCUGCGACAUUGUCACCCAGUACGCCUUCGGCACCUCGUUCAACUUUCUCGGCGAAAAGGACUUUGCCGCGCCGUACAUUGAGGCCACUGACGUCUUCCACUUCUUCAACCACGCCAUGUGCCACUUUCCCAUUGUCGGCUACCUGCUGGGCACGUCGCCCGACUGGCUCAUCAAGGCUGUUUUCCCUGGUCUGACCGAGAUGUGGAACAAGAAGACGAUGUGGCUCGACGAGGUCGAAAAGAUUCGCAGCUCGCCCAACCCGGACCGCAUCAAGAGCACCAUCUUCGAAGGCGUGCUCAGCAGCCGUCUGCCCGACGAGGAGAAGACGACGGCGCGUCUCGCGCACGAGGCCCAGCUCGUCGUCUUUGCCGGCCAGGGCACCACGGCCUACACCCUGAGCGCCGCCAUCUACCAGCUGCUCGCGCACCCGGCCGAGCUGGCCAAGGUCAAGGCGGAGCUCGCCGCGGCGCUCGCCGGCAACACCGACGACAUCCCGUCGUACGCGCAGGUCGAGACGCUGCCGUACUUCCAGGCCGCGAUCCAGGAGACGCUGCGUCUGCACCCCGGCGUCGUCGCCCGCCUGCCGCGCGUGUCGCCCACGGAGCCCGUCGUCUACGAGGACAAGGUCCGCGGGCGGUCGUACGUCGUCCCGGCCGGCACCACGUACAGCAUGACGGCGCAGAUUGCGCACACCAACGAGGCCGUGUUUGCCGACGCCGAAAAGUUUAUCCCGCAGCGAUGGAUCGACAACCCGAGACUGGACCGCGCGUUUAUCGGGUUUGCUAGGGGAACACGCAACUGCAUCGGCAUGAACUUUGCCAAGCAGGAACUGUCUAUCAUUCUGGCCACCAUUCUGCACAAGUACGACCUGUACACUGGCCAAGCGGGACCGACGCUGGAACUCUAUGAGACGACUCGCGAGCGCGACAUUGACUGCGUUCGCGACAUGAUUAUUCCGUUCCCUGCAGCGGGCAGUCCUGGACUCCGACUGAAGAUCCGAAACUAG